CUUAAUAACCUUUAACACGUGUAAAUGAUUUAAUAUUUAUUGUAUUUGUUCAAUGUGUUUAAUACAGAAGAUGUUUUCUUUUCAAAAAAUUGUAAAUCAAUUUGUUUGUGCGGACAACGCCCCAGAUGCGUUGAGCAUUCCCCUUACUUUUAUUGGAAGAGAGGGGAUAUCGUUUAACACGAAAAGUUCAUGUAAUAACUACAUUUAUUUUAUGAUAUUCUAUUCAUGAAUAGAAACAUAAUUUUAGAAUUUAUAUUUUAAAUUUUAAAUAAAUGAUUUUAUAUCGCUUAUUUGUUGUAUAUGUUAAUUAUUAAAUUUAAAUAUUAAAUAUAAAGAUUGUGUCUUUGAAUUAGUACAUUGUUCGAAUUUUGUUUAUGACAAUGUCUUCUAAUGAUGAAUUUCUUUCAUGUACCUCUCAACCAAAAAUGAAAAGAAGAAAGAACUCGGACAAGGAAAGACUACAACUUCAAAACUGUCUAGAAAUUAAGGGAAAAUUAAAAGAAUAUUACUUUUCUGAAGAUGAGCACAUAGAAAAGAAUUCUAAUAAGGAUGGAACUACUUUUUACCCUAAAAUUGUGUUAGGUAUUGAAGAAUGGUCGAAUGACCAUCCUCAAAGAAAUUUUAUACAGUUUAUUGGAAAACCAGGAUUAAAAAAAUCAGUUCAAGAGCAAACACCUUUCUCUUACUUUUCUCUCUUUUUUACCUCAACAUUUCUGAAACUUUUAGUGACAGAAACUAAUGCAUAUGCAGAAAUUUUAUUUUUACAAGAAUAUGGAGAAAGAACAAGAAUUUCCGAUUGGAAGGACACUUCAGUAGAUGAAAUAAAAAUCUUUUUAGGAAUACUAUUUUUAAUGGGCCUAAUUAGAAUAAAUCGCAUGAACGAUUGUUGGAAAAAACAUUAUUUAUUCAAUCUACCUUUCGGAAAAUUUAUGGGGCGUGACCGCUUUUUAUUGCUCUUAAGAUGUCUUCACUUUGACCGGUUACAACAUUCCUCUGAUAAUCUACAUAAAAUAAAUACAGUAAUUGAUUAUUUCAAUUACAAUAUGGAUACAAUUUAUAGUCCUAGUAGGAACCUUUUAAUAGAAGAUAGUAUGAUUUUUUGGGCAGGACAAUAUAAGAAACACAAAUAUAGAUUAAAAUUGCACACUUUAUCAGAACCCUGUGGUAUAAUUAAUGAAUUAUAUUUACACUUUUUAAGUAACAAAAAUGCAGAGGACAAACAUUGCGUACAAAAAGUUGUACACAAGUUAUUAGAAGGAAAAAUAGGUCAAGGGCAUGCAAUUUUUAUGAGCAGUUAUUAUAGUAGUGUACCAUUAAUUAACAAUCUUUUUAUAAAAAAAACUUAUUGCACAGGAAACGUAAAUCCAAAUAAAAUCAAUAACUUACCAGAGAUAGUUAAAAAAAAGUUGAUUAAAGAGGAAUGUGUUUAUAAUCACAACAACCAAGGAGUUUGUUGUUGCAAGUGGAAGGAUAAAAAGAAUACAUAUGCUAUUUCAAGUGAAUUCGGAGGGGAACUUGUAAAGAUUGGAAAUAAACAUGGAAUGGAAAAGAAGAAACCAAAACUUAUCAACGAAUAUAAUAAACAAAUGCAAAAUAGAUUGGAUAGACAAGAUCCAAUGCUAUCAUAUUAUCCUUUGACACAUAAGUUUCUGCAAUGGUACAAGAAGUUAGGCAUACAUAUCAUCCAUAUAAUGCUCAAUAAUGCCCAUUUUUUUUACAACAAGUACAAUGGCGGUACAAAGAAAGAUUUGCAUGAUUUUCAGUUUGAGAUUGUUUCGACAUUAUUACCACCGCCGGAACAAAAUAUUCCAUUGUUUUCGCCACAGUUUAAAAUACAUUUACCUGAAUUGCUUCCUAAAGGCAUAAAUAAUAGAACUAUGAGGAAAAGAUGUAAAUUAUGUAAUGAUAAAAAGAAUAUUAGGCUAGAUACAAUUUAUCAUUGUCCAGAUUGUCCAUCAAAACCAGGUUUAUGUCUAUCCCCAUGUUUCAGAGAAUUUCAUAACUAUAAGUGAAGUAUUAUAAUUCUAUUAUUACAUACUUCCAGUGAAUUUAUAAUAUUUGUAACAUAAAAACAAAUUGUUCUGACAUAUUAAGACUGAUAUUUGAUACAAAUGAUUUUUUUGCUUUCUUUUUACUCUUAUUUUAGUGUUAAUUUUAUUAAAAUAAAUUCUUAUAUGUUUCAAGUUAUAUGAUCGCAAUUUAAUUUAUCAAUGCUCAUUUCUUUCAAAGAAAUGUUUUUGAACUACAUACCUGGUACAUGCAUCAUAUAAUGAACCCAACCAGGACUUUGUUGAACUCCUAAAUUUCUCCACUCAGUUUCUGACAUAAGAUGUGUUUUUGGAACGUGUCUUGCUAAAUCAACUGGUAAAAUCACAUGUCUGGAGAAGUAAAUAAUAAUUUAAAAAGAAGUUAUAAUUCUUGUAAGUC